AUGCUUACUUCUCUUGUUGUCCUUGUUCUUGCGAGUCUCUCCAUCGCUUCUCCCACGCUUGAGAAGCGAGCUAUCACCUGUCUUCGAGUUGGACAGACAGCCACAGCCUCAUGGACUAACAGUGCUGGCAAGAGAUGCACCUUCACUGGUGUUGUUGGUAGCAACUAUGGUGCCAACCCUUCCGGAUCUGGAGAUUACUCUUGCAACGGACGAUGUGGCGCUGGAUGCAGUGGAGCUGCCGUAGGCAACGUCUAUACCCAGGACUGUUUUUCUCACGAUAUCUGCUCUUACUUCAACAGUGCCGGUGGCGGCGCCAGUGACCCAAACUGUGGAACAGCUUUCAACGCGGCAGUUGAUGAUACUGCGCUAGGCUUUGCAAACGGUUGUUCCCAGACCAACCCAAGUAAUGGAGUUGCAAAGCCCAACGGUGCGCCAGUCUGUGUAUAG